CACUUCUGCAGUCUAUCAAUCUCAGUGGCAACCAUAUUUUGCAGAUAACGCAAGGAGCUUUUCAGGCCUGGCACGGGAUGCAGUUUCUAUACAAGUUGAUUCUCAGCCAUAACCCACUGAGAAAGAUUGAGGAUUCCCAUUUCUACACAUUGCCCUCCCUGAAAUUCCUGGACCUUGGUUCUACAAAAAUAAGCAUAGACAUAUUAGAGAAUUUGCUCAAAAUCUCCUUCAAGUUGAAAACUCU